ACCCAAAACAAGCAGCUUCUGCCCUUGGGAGGCCACCCUCGACGACGCGUGCCCGUAAUGGGACAGUACGACACGACGCUUGGGCUCAUCCUCCUCGGCGCCGUCUUCAAUUCGUACCUUUACGGCAUUGAAUGCAUCCAAAUCGUCCGUUACUUCCGAGCUAAGGUGUACGAUCGAAGGUUGUUCAAGAUCUUGCUCGCCUCGGUCUUCCUCACGGACACGGCAUACACCAUCAUAGCAAUAUGGGGGCUUUGGGUUUACACAAUUACCAGCCAUGACGACCCCGAUGUGCUCCAGCUCUCAGUGUGGCAGUUAGAAGCGACAUCGUUGUUCAGUGCAUGGCCUGCAAUUGUGACGCAGAUGUACCUUAUAUGGCGCACUUGGCGACUAGUAGCUAACAAAGUGCUCGUCGCUAUCGCCUCGUUACUUUCGAUAUGCAGCCUUGCGUUUGGAGUAUGGGCCGGGUCCCACAUCCUCGCCACCAGAAUGAGCAUCGAGCAUAACACGGCCGCCGUCCGCGCCAUCCAGCUAGAGAUGACCCUCUGGCUCAUCACCACCUUCGUCGCAGACGCCUUCAUCACCAUCACGCUCAGCGCCGCCCUCCUCCGCGUGCGCACGGGCGUGCGGCAGACCGACCGGCUCAUCCACCGGCUCAUCCGCGGCGCGAUCCAGACGGGCGUCUUCGCGGGCGUCUGCGUGCUCGCGAACCUGCUCACGUUCGCGUUCUACGACCGGGCGAAUCUCGAUGUGAUGUUCUCGAUUAUGACCGGGCGCGUGUACACCCUCACAUUGCUCUACUCGCUUAUGGUCCGAAAAAGCUCAGACUCGAGCAGAUGCGCACGUGCAAGACAAAGCUUCGCAGCCUCGCGCGGCGUCCAGCUCACAUCCGCCAUAUCCGCGAUCGAGCUCGAGUCGUUCGACUGCAGCGCGGGCAUCAUCAAAGCCACCUCGAACUCGAAUUCGAACUCGCAGUCAUCAGAGUCAUGGGCGGCGGGCUCGGAUCCCUGAGCUCCUCCGAGUUUUCCUUGUUUAACCAAUCUUGUUUUCUUUUAUAUAAGAAAACCUUGGGUUUCUUUCGAACCCCGCCGUUCGCCGUGCGCUUCCGCGCUUUCUUAGAAGUAGCGUCAUCCGCCGUCAUCGGGCGCUUAACGCCCCUUUUUCGGUGCUCUUUAGAGUAUAGAGCCGCAGAGGCUUGCAUCACCUCCUCUAGCGCCUUUUUUAUGCAUGCAGUGUACAGUACGCG